GAUUUGUAUGAUUAUAUCACAAACCACAGUACUACUGAUACUUAUUCUAGUAGUUCUGAUGGUUUUAUGUAUUGGGGAUAUUGUAAAUACCUUAAUUCAAUUAAAUCACUGUAUAACAUGCACAGAAUGAAUUGUUGUAAUUAAUUUUGGAAGGAUAUUUGCAAAGGUUAUUUUAAUAUAAUCACAAAAUUUUAUUUUGAGAAAAGCAAGAUUUCAAAUUCUCAAAAAAUUAUGUUACACAUAACUACGGGGUGUAGAAUUUUCAACCAGAAGAAAUCAUUACUUUUAACUCAAUUGGAUACAAUCCUUAUGGUAAGUAAGUAUAGUCAUGUAAGAGCAUACCAAUAACACCAGAAGUUUCUAAAAAAAAUGAUUAAAUGAGAAAAUAUUAAAGUGAAGCCUGAAUUAUGUGUUACUGAAUUUGCGCAUAAAGUGCUAGUGUUCAGUGAUAUAUAAGAAAAAGUAAAUGCUGGAAGUAAUAUCUCGGAUAAGGAAAGUAGUGUUUGAAAAUCUGAAAGAAAAGGAGUAGUUAAGUGUUUCUUUUUUUUUAUUAGAUAGAAAGAUUGUUAUAGUUUUUCAAAAUUUCUUGCAUUAGAAGUUUUACAAAAUUCCCCGUCUCCGGUACGAAGCCCAAUAUUAACAGUAGCAGAGGCCCACAAAAGAGAAUCCAAUAAAUUAAAGUUGAAUCAUACAGAAGAUUUAUAAAAAGUUAAAAAACGUUUGCACAUUGUUGAUGAUAACAUUUUUAAUAUGUCUAUAUCUAUUUGAUUCUCUCUAGGUAUAUCAGUUGCUCAUAUUCUAGCAGUAACUGUCGUUUUUCUCCUUUUUUACAGAUUUACUACAAUAUAUUCAUAGUUACAUAAACGGACAAAAAAGAGGAAAAUAAAGAAUUAUUCAUGUAAAAAUAUAAGCAAAUCAUCAUAA